CCCUCCGCCGCCUCUCCUUCUCCGCUCCUCCUCCUCCGUAGCCGCCACCACCGGGAGGGUCUACGUCGGAGAAGGCCGACCGGCCAGUCAGCCAGCAGAAUAAACCGUACGCACGCGCCGCCCUUGCCGGAGCGAAGAUGAGCAAGGAGGCGGUGGUGAACGUGCUCCUGAGCUGCUUCAUGCACGUCGGCCUGGCGCUGGUGCUGCUGGUGUACCUGCCCGUGGCGUUCGUCUGCCGCCUCUUCAACAGGCUGCUGGUCAGGCCCUUCGCCAAGGGGGAGGACCUCCGCGGCAAGGUCGUGCUCGUCACCGGCGCGUCCUCCGGCAUCGGCGAGCACCUGGUGUACGAGUACGCGCGGAAAGGCGCGUGCGUGGCGCUGGUGGCGCGGACGGAGAUCGCGCUGCGCGCCGUGGCGAAGACGGCGCGCGACCUCGGCGCGCCGGACGUGCUCGUCGUGCCGGCGGACAUCACCAAGCUGGAGGAGGCCAAGCGCGCCGUCGAGGAGACCGUCGCGCACUUUGGCAAACUGAAUCACCUGGUGGCAAACGCGGGGAUCUGGUCAAGCUGCUUCUUCGAAGAAAUCACCAACAUAACCGCCUUCCACAACGUGAUUGAUCUCAACUUCUGGGGCGCUGUGUACCCGACCUACUUCGCGCUGCCGUACCUGAAGGCCAGCCGCGGCAACAUCGUCGUCACCUCCUCCGUCGCCGGCAGGGUGCCAACCGCCAGGAUGAGCUUCUACAACGCAAGCAAAGGAGCUGUGAUACGGUUCUACGAGACCCUGAGGGCGGAGCUGGGGUCCCACGUCCGCGUCACCAUCCUCAUGCCGGGGUACGUCGUCUCCAACCUCACCAAGGGCAAGGGCCUCCAGAAGGACGGCCAUGUCGGCAUCGACGAGGAGGCCCGCGACAUAAAUGUCGGGCCGCUGCCGGUGGGCAAGACGGAGUCGCUGGCGGCGGUGGUGGUGGCGAGCGUGCGGCGGGGGGACAGCUACGUGACGUGGCCCGGGUGGUACUGGCCGUUCCACAUGGUGAUGUGCGCCGCGCCGGAGCUCGUCGACUGGUUCUCCCAGGCGUUCUACGUGUCCAAGUCCGGCGAGCAGGACGGCGGCGGCGCGCUGAGCAAGAAGAUCCUGGAGGCCGUUGGCGGGAAGAAGUUCCUCUACCCCAAGACCAUCCGCUCCCAAGCCGACAUGGCAGCUAACUGACCGAUCAAUUUAUCAAGAUGUUAGCGACACAAAUUCAUAUAUGUAAGCAUGCGUGGUUUGUUGUUUGACUAGCGCGAAAAAGAUCGAAAGGGCCGAUCGAUGAAAUGUUGAAAUGGGUCCACUGUAUUCUUUGUAUUCCUUUCGUUUUCCUUUUCUUUUUCCUCUUUGAUGUAAAAGUAGUAACAGUGUGAUGUGAAUUGAUACGACUGUUUAUUGGUGGUACGCCCUGUGAUAAAAUUCCUUUGUUGAUCUGGAACAGA